AUGUCGGACUGGACUUCAGAUAAUUUUGAUGGCUCAGAGGUUGUGCGGCCUUCUGAAGAGGAGCAGACUUCUCACUUGCUGUCGCCUGAAGAGACACCGGGGGACACUGCUCCUGUGGUCGACUCUGCUCCAAGUGAACAGCUGCGGGAGAUGGAACCCAGCCUUCAGCUGUAUCCAGGGACUCCCGAAGCACCGUCUGAGAACAGGGGACCUGAGAACGCAGAUGCUAUCCCACCCGGCGAUGACAUCGACUUUCCAGCCGCGUCCAACUCCCCGGAACUCCCUGGAGCAUCUGUUAUGAUUACCCAUUGGGAUGCGCGAGAGUCAGUGCCGCAGUCGCCCCGCUCGGAACCCAGCUCGCCCUUGUCCUACCCGGCCGGUUCCACACGAACCAGUUAUGCGGGAGGUGCUGAGUCUCGCAGCUUGAUACGCAGCCGGGAGCCCAGGGCAGACCUCAAGAACGGCGACGUCGUGAUGUUGAUGCAUCAGGGUCGGCCAUACAUUGCCAUCCAAGCCCGUCUGCCGUAUAAGGAAGACGCUUUACACACCUGCUUGGAGCUGGCAGAGGAAGGUGCACAGCCGGAGAGCGAGGCGCUGUCGUAUCUCGAGGUCAUUCGGCAGGGUCCAUUUGUGGGCUUCCGGUCCGGAGCCGCGGGGAACCGCUUUAUGCAGCCGCGUCGCAAGGCCCCGCAUCGUCUGGUGUUCUUUAACCAGAACUUUGGCGUAUGGGAGCAGUGGGACGUGAAUGGAGAGGAGUGGCAGACGAAGCCCUGGUCAACCCUGCGUCUAAUGCUUCGGAGCAGGCGCCUACCACAGGUUCAAUUCUCCGUUGAUGUGGUUCGCGUGGGCUUCUUCUCCGUUCCAGGCGUUGGUGGUCCCCGCUCGCUUCUGCCAAUCAUCCCGGAGGACCCGCUUCUUGAAGACCGCAAUCUGCGCCGUAUAAGUAACCUGCUUAUCACGGAGUGGUUCAAGUUCGUGGACCAUGAGAAACUGCUGCGGGAGGGAUUGGAGGCCGACCUUGCCGCCCUAGCGGAUGAGACGCAGGAGCUAAAGCUGAAGACCAUCCAGCAGGUGGAAUAUCUGCGUCUCCAUAUGAACGAGGAGAUGGCCUCCCUGUCUCACCAUGUGGCGAUGCGGGACGAUGCCAUCACCAACCUGCGUCGCUGGCUUCGAAGGGCACAGCAGCUGGCAGCAGACCGGAUGGCAAGGCAGCGGCAUCGCCGCAUUCUCUUAGCGUGGAGGUACGUGGUGGAUGAGAUUGUGUUCCGCAAGGCAGCCAUCUUGAAGUUGCGACGCAAGCGCGAAAAUGCCCUGCGUGAAUCCACCUUCCGGGCGUGGUAUCUGCACGCUCGCGCUGCAGUUGCGGCGGGUGUCAAGCUCAAGUUCGCUGUGCAGCGCCGCUCGCACACGAUCAUGUUGCGUGUGCUGCAAGGCUGGCAACACGCCGUUGUCCAUCGCGCCUGGCGCGGGCGCGCCAUGCUGUCAGCAGUGCAACGGCGCGUCGCACGACGCUUGAGCAACGCCUUCGCUGCGUGGCGGCGACUGACAGUGCAGCGCGCGUUGGGCCGACGGGCACUUUUGCGGGCUCUUCAUGGGGUUAACAUGAAAUGGCUGGCGGCGGCGCUGACGGCCUGGCGGGCGGCAGCGCAGACAGUGCACCAGAAGGCUGUGCAGGCGGAUUUGCUGGUGGCACGGAGGGCUGUUCGGUUGCAGGCGGCCAUGCUGGACGCAUGGAGGGACCAGCUCCUCCGCAGCCGUGCUGCCAACCACCACUUCCGAUUUGCCAUGAUGCGGAAAGCACUGAUGGCCUGGCGGCAGGCCACAGCGGCUGCGAGCGCAGCACGGGUCGCAGCAGAGGUACUAGCCCUGGCCCGGCCAGCGGCGCUGCGCCGCCAUUUGCUGCUCGCAUGGCACGACAUCGCAAUGACCUUAUCCUCGUUGAGGGCGCGGCUGAACCGCUACGUGAUGGCGCGGUCGGUGGCGAUGCUGGGCCGGGCGAUGGCCGCAUGGGCGAUGGCAGCGCGCGACGGGCGACGGCGGCGGGCGCUGCUUCGUCGGCACCUGGCUGCCCAGGAAGUGCGAACGGCGGCAGCGACACUUUCAGGCUGGCGGGCGGUGGCGGCGCGGACGGCAUGGCGGCGCGUGAGGGUGAUUGCGGCGCUGGCACGCGCGUCGACGAGGAGGCUGACGGCAGUGCUGGUGUCGUGGCGUGCGUACGCUGGCCAUCGUCGCGCCAUCGCCGGUCGCUCGGCACUGGCGAUUGCCCGGCUGCGGCGCAUGCGACUGGUGGCUUGCUUGGGCGCCUGGCAUCAGCUGGCAAUCCGCCUAGACGCCGCUAGGGGAAACCUGCUGUCGCUGUGCAAGAAGCUGCUGACUUGCACAUUGUCGACAGCCUUCCGAGAGUGGCGUCUGCUAACGGCCGCAAACGGCGCAAGCCGUUCCGCCGUCGCACGUGCGUUGCCGAUGAGCACUCGGGAGCUGCUCACCCACGUGUUGGCGACCUGGUGGAUACAACACUGUGCCGUCAUGCCCGUGGACAAUGAAGAUCUGGCGCCAGUGCGCAGUACCAUUGCUGCAUUCGAUGGAUCUGCUGCCGCUGCCACCGGCGUCAGCCCGGGAUAUGCUGUUGCGGCGGCGACAGCCGCCGCCGUCAUUAAUCGCGUGGGAUCCGCCGCGGGAACGCCGCGACAGUCCCUGACCCAGCUGUACGAAACAGCGGUCCGAACCACGACGUCCCUUCCGCUUCAUUUGGGAUCCCGGCCGAUGGCAGCCGAUCUACCAUUGCCACAGCUGACUGGCGAUGGUGAUGGCGCUUCUCCAUGGGGCACGGAUGCGGCAUACGCGGGUUCCCCAUUGCCACUGCAACGGGGCCCGCGUGGCAGUAACACCGGCAGCAGCGCUUCGGCGGCAGCUGCGGCGGCGGCGGCAGCCGCCGCUGCGGUCGCCGCUUCGGCGCCGCCGCCGGAUUAUGGUCACUCAGGCGGGUCCUUUACCCCGCCGCACCCCCGUAGCCGCUCUUACAGGGAAGCAUUGGUUGCGGGGGCUGCUGCCGCCGCAGCAGCCGUGGCGGCAGCCGGCCGCGGCGCACACAGCACUGUCGCUAGCAGCACCGGCGGUGACAGCCGCCCCAGCAGUGCUGGCCGUCUGCGUGCCACAGUGUCUGCUGGUGUCGGCAGCGCCGCUGGUCCGUUCGUGCCCGCCAAUGCCGCUGUCAUUGGGGCGGGUUCGUCUCCGGUGCUGAUUGAGAUGGCUCCGGGACGUGGUGGCGAGGGUCCACUGACACCGGUGGGCCUUCCAGAGCUGCUGGAUGGAACUGUGGGCCUUGGUACAGAAGGUUCCCUUCAGGCUGCCCUCCGUGCCCUGACACAGAUGGGUGCUCGGCGUGAGUGGAUGGCGUGCCUGGAGGGCAUAGGGGACGCGCGUCGGCGGCAGCUGGCGAGCGAGGUCCUUGGAGCCUGGUGGCAUGUGGUGAUAGCAGCUAAGGCAGUGGCCAUGGCAGCUGAGGCGCUGGCAAACCAGGCCAAGGCACGGGGCAGCCGCCAGAUCCAAAGAGGGGCGCUGAUCUUGUGGCGCACCGCGGCUCGCCGCCGUGCAGCUCUUCGCGCCCUGCUGGCGCGCCAGUCUGCCCGUUUCGGAACCGUUCUGGUCCGCAGGGUGCUGUUGGCGUGGCGUGAGGUUGCUGCUGACCGGGCGGCCGCGGAGAGGAAAGUGCAGCGGUGCAUGAACCGCCGUGAACGGGUUCUGUUGUCCAGUGCACUGCGCUCCCUUCGCGAGGAGGCCGCUAGAGGCUCUGCCGUUCGGGGAGCAGCGUCACAACUGGCCGAUCGCCAGGCGCGUGGGCUGCUUGCCAACAUGCUCAAGGGUUGGAGCGGUGCUGCGGCAGCCAAGCGUGAGAGCACGACGCAGAAGACACGCGCGGCACGCUUCGCUGCGCGGCGGCGUUUGACGGGUGCGUUCCGCACGUGGCGGUGGGCAGCUGAAGCGGCGAACGAGCGGGACGUGGUGGCCACGAGGGCGAGCCGAGCACUGGCGCUGCGGACAGCAUUCAGCGGGUGGUUGUACGUGACCGCAGAGUGCCACCAAGUGGGCACCGUGGACUUGGUCUCAUCUUUGCGCCGUGCCACCACCUGGCGCGAACGGCGGCUGAUGAGGGCCUGCUUCUUCUCGUUGGCGCAGUACAAGGAUCAGCGGCUUGACCUACACAGCCGCGCGGUGGCCUUUAGGAGCCAGAGCACCAAGGCGGCUAUAAUGGCUGCCUGGCGUUUUGAGGUGGCGUGGGUGCGCUGGUGUCAGCAAGAGGCGGCAAAGAUACAGUCCAGGGCCACCAAGCGCAUUCAGGCCCAUUGCCUGUCCUCCUGGCUGGCGCUGACUCAGGUGGCUGCAGCUGCUCGUCUGGCAGCUGGGCAGCUAGCUACCCGCAGGGGCCGAGGCCUGCUGGGGGCGGUGCUUCUGGCUUGGCAGGGCGCCGCACAGGAGCUGGUGGCUGAGCGGGCCCGGGUGGCGGCUUGCGCACGGCGCAUCCACAGGGGUUGCCUGAAGCGGGUUAUUAUAGUCUGGCGCGAGGUGACAGCGCAGCGUCGCGCAAACCGGAUGCGGCAGCUGGCGGCGUGCAGGCGAAUCGAGGGCCAUCGAAUGCGGCGAGUGCUUUCGGAGUGGGCCGCAGUGGCCUCUGCUUUCUGCGCUAUAAAGCGCGAGGCGGAUGGGCGCUUCGUCGCCCACAGCACCGCACUGCUCUCCGCCGCCUUCAGCGCCUGGGCCGAACUGGUGCAACUCCUGCGUGCCGCGCGUGCCGCGGCAGCGACCCGCGGAAAGGUUGCUGAUCGCGUGCUGAUGUGUCAUGCGCUUGACGGCUGGAUGACCGCAGUGGCGCUGGCGCGCCGUGCGGCUGCGGCUGCAGAUGCUAUGGCUGCGAGGCGCGCGGCGGCGGUGCUGCCGGCAGUGCUGCGGGCAUGGGCCGCGGUGGCAUGUGAGGACGAUACGCGGCGGCUGCAGCUGGCCGCGCUUCGCAACCUUGUUCUCCGUCGCCGAAUGGCGUUUGCCAGGCGUAUCUUCGGGGCGUGGCGUGACACUGUCCUUGAGCGUCAGGCUCGCGACGAUGAGCUCAAACGCUGUCUUAAGCGCAAGAAGCUGGCGUUUAGUCUUUUCAAGCAAUGGUACUGGGAGGCAUUCGAUUCGGAUGUUCAGGCUACCAUUUGGCGAAUGUUUCACUCUACCGACCCCGCGGCUCACAGCCCCGAGCCCUCGUCCCGAGUUCCACCGGUCCUCCGGCAGCCCCCUUCGUCACUCCACCAGUCGCUUCCCUCCUAUCUGCUGCAGCACCAGCAGUGGGUUAGCCGGCGCGCCGGGUCAUCGUUCAACGGGCCAGCUGGCAGGGCCAUGGAUCUGCCCCCCUUGGAGCUGGAGCAGCACCAAGGCCAGGCCAUCGCUGAUCUUAGCAGAGGCAGCGGUGCACCAGCCGCGACAGAGUCCCGGCCUCACGCCCUCCCCGCCGCUGCCGAGCGUUCCGUCUCUAUGCGCAUAGCCCAGGCGGUUCGCACUUUGGCGUCGACUUUUGAUGCCGUGGCGGCGCCGACGGGGAACCGUGCGCGGGGGCCCACAGCGUCGGCGCCGCCGCAGGCGCCGGUGGCCCAAGCGUCAGCGAGGGACACAGCGACAAGUUCAGCGGGGACGAAAAUCGCUGCGGGAGGCAGCCGCCCUUCAGCGGCGCCUCGGGUGCAAGCCUAUCCGACCAUCCAUUCGUCGGAUUCAUCGGGGUCAGACCCGGAUGACCUCAAGAACCUGCCGGCGGGAGUAAAGGCGGUGGUGGCCACGGCGGCGCCACGGCGCCGUACCGACGCGGUAGUUGCACCCCCUGGCAACCGUCCAUCACGUUCACUCGGGCGACCUGAUGCCGGUCCCAUGGGGACGAUAGGCCGGAAAUCUACAGUAAGCAACCAGGCACAGACGGGAUCCAGCUUCAAGACCACGAGGUCUGUCGGCCCUGCCAACUCAACCACCACUAGCGCCACCGCCACACGGCGCCCAGUUAUGCCGUCGGCUUCACGCGGCUCCGCCAGUGACGCCGCGGCGACGGCCAUGGCAGCGGCAGCUGCGGCGGCAGCCGCCGCUUCAUCACCAGGUCUCGAGGCGAUGAGCGCGGCGCUCAAUGUUGCGCUUCGCAGCUUAGACUUAGCGGCUGGAGUAGUUCAGGGCGGCGUUUCUGGCACAGCGGCCAACUCUACUCCCACCGUUGGGAUUUCCGGCCGGCCGUCGCGGUACACGAUUAGCAGUGUCGGCAGCGUGGGUCCAGCGUACCUGGGAACGCAUGGCUCCGCCGAGGGGUCCACUGGCACGGCGCUAUCACCUGGCAAUGCUUUAGGGGGCUCGCCGCUGUCACCACCGCCACGCGCGCCAUUCAACAUCACUUACGGGGACACGCCUGGCAGCGGCGGCCCUGGCAGCGGGGUCCCUGGCAGCGGCAGCGCUGGCGUGCUACCUGGCGUCGUACCCAGCUGGCGGCAAGUCGCCAACAAUCAGCUGUAUAGCUGCGAAGAGGAGUGGUACGGCGAGUUUUUCAACGGCGAUUUGGGUCCGGUGAGCCCGAUGUACAUGGGCAUUUCCGGGACUGGUGCGCCUGCGGGCAUGGCUACCGCUGGUGUCCUUGUGUCACGUGGGGACAGCAGAUGUGGGACGGCGGAGAGCGCUGAGACCGAUGCCGGUGCCGCUGACAUAACCUCGCUGGUUACUACGACCUUGUCCGUGCAUUCAAUGCCAGUCGAAGCUGGCGGCAGCCCCCGUGAUGGCACGUCUGAGGGCGGCGCCGCGAGCGCCAGCGGCAAUGGCAGUGCUGUUGGCUCCCGGCGCACUAGCUCCGAGGAUGGCCCCGGUAUCUUUCCCCGGCACUCGAUAUUUCAGAAUGAUGUGUACCAGCCUCGGACGAGCGAGCUGUACGUGGGCCACGAGGGGCUGAUUGGCGGGGUGGGGAGAAUCCUGGAGGGCGCGGAGCACGAAAUGGAUGAGGACGAGUUCGUGGCGGCCAUUGGGGCAGCGGCUGCGGCUGAAGAACGGCAGGAGCAGCAACGGCGGCAGUAG